UCUCAAUCUUUCAACCCCUUCUCUUCAUUCUUUUCACAUUUCAAAAUUUGUUUUGGUUUAUGGUUUUUGGAGAUGGGGCAACAAACUUUGAUCUAUAGCUUUGUGGCUCGUGGAACCGUAAUUCUUGCAGAGUACACGGAAUUUUCUGGAAAUUUUUCAACCAUUGCAUCUCAAUGUUUACAAAAGCUUCCUUCUUCUAAUAACCGAUUCACCUACAAUUGUGAUGGUCACACUUUCAAUUACCUUGUUGAUAAUGGCUUUACCUAUUGUGUGGUGGCAGUUGAAUCUGCUGGUAGACAGAUUCCUAUUGCUUAUCUUGAGCGUGUCAAGGAAGAAUUCAGCAAAAAAUAUGGUGGGGGCAAAGCUACAACUGCUUCAGCUCAUAGCCUUAACAAAGAAUACGGGCCUAAAUUAAAGCAACAAAUGCAAUACUGUAUUGAUCAUCCUGAAGAGAUUAAUAAACUUGCUAAAGUAAAGGCUCAAGUUUCUGAAGUUAAGGGUGUUAUGAUGGAAAACAUUGAAAAGGUUCUUGAUCGUGGAGAAAAGAUUGAGAUGCUAGUGGAUAAGACUGACAACCUUCGAUCACAAGCACAAGAUUUUAGAACACAAGGAACGAAGAUGAAAAGAAAGAUGUGGGUUCAAAAUAUGAAAGUCAAAUUAAUUGCUUUCGGUAUUGGCUUAGCAAUAGUUUUGAUGAUUUUUAUGUCAAUAUGUCGUGGCUUUAGUUGCUUGAAGUAGUUUUUUUUCUUCUCUCAAAUGAAUUGUACAAGAUUCUGUUUGUAAUAUUUGUGUAUGUUUUUAACUUUAUGAACACUUUUAGUUGAUUAUACAACUCAAUUAUAUAGACUAGUCAAGUAGU